AGGGAAGGGGCGAUCCAUCGCUCCAAACUCAGAGACGGACCCUUCAGGAUCAAUCUUCACCCACAGGAUUAUUUCCAGGACAAUCCUUACCAUAGCUCCAAGACACUCCCACCUGCCCAGAAGCCCCGCCCACUCCAGAAGAAGGUUCCCAUGGUUCCUUUCAAGCCCCCGUCCCCCAGCAAACGGAUCGGGGGGAUGAAGGCUGGAACAUUUGAUGCCUAUCCUUCCCAUUCUGCUGAUCCAUAUGCCCCUCGUUGCUCCAAACCGACCAAUCAGGGGCCAGUGUUUCAUCCUGCUUCUGGUCCAAAGAGCAUGCCCGUUAAAAGCAUCAUCUCUGCCAACAUUAACAGGAAAAUUUACUCGGCAAACUACACAUCAACCAAUCAGCUGUGAGGAAGGCUUGAAUGCAUCUCGUUGAAAAUCUUCCCCAUAAGGC